AUGAAACUAUCUCCUCCAGCAGAGGACGAUUUCGUCUUCGUAAAUGUCUCGCGUCCGGACGAAUUCAAGUCUGCGUCAACACAGCGCACCAUCCGGCGCCGUGUCAUGCGCGACAUUGGGAGAUCGCGUCGCCGCACUCGCCCGGGGCAACCAACUUGGUCCGUCACCCUAAGAGCCCCUUCAGAUCCCGUCACAGAGCACAUCCCAGUGUCGAUUGACCCAUGCAAUACGACGUUUUAUCCUGGCCCUAUGAGCGACCGCGCGCUACAGCUCAUGCAUUUCAUGACUACGGACCGCGACUACGUUUUUCGUCCCUUUCGGACGGUAUGGUUCUCCUUGGCAUUAACUGACACCACUGCCGUCCUUGUGGCCUUGGCCAAUGCUGCCAUGUUUCUUGAUCAGCGCCUGCGGGCCCAGAUGUACAGGCUUGACGUUGCGGGUAGCGUGAUGGAAGACUCCCGCCCACGGUUGCCAACUCCGCCGGGAUUCGCAUCCCAAGUCCCCAACAUCCUCUCUCCCACUCUGAGAAACCUACUGGGGAACAUUGUUGCAAGAUAUAAUUGUUUCAAAGAUAUCGCGACUGCUUUCAAUUAUGCGAACUUCCUUGUUCAAUACACCGACGGGUCCCUUUGUCGUUCCGAGGCAACAUGGCUAAACGAGGAUAACCUCACUGUAAUAGAACUGUUUGGGCCAGCCACACAUUUCCUACUUUCCAUGUCGAGGCCGACCGAGAUAAAUCCUAGCACAACAGACAUACCAGUUCUACAGCUACGCGAAGCACUCCGGCUGGUGCUAUUACUAUUCCUUGGCACAUUGAAGCAAGCAGUCUUCCUCUUUACCGCCCACGAAUGCGAAUAUCUGCGAUGCAAGCUGUCAACGCUCAUUUCACAGAUGGAGAAGGCCAACUACGACGACUCAUGUCUGAAACUGCAUCUCUGGGUUCUCGUAACAACGUCUCGACUCUGUCAUUCUAUCCAGUCAUCGAUGUACCGUGACGAUAUCAGUGCUGUUCUGAACCUAUUAGGCAUGGGGAGCAAGGAGGGCCUGGAUCUGGUUCAAAGUAUCCUGUCCACUGACAUUCUGGAUGGCUAUCUACCUUUCCUCCCAACGCUAGAGACCUCAGGUUCAUAA